AUGCUUCAGCAUUCGGAGGGGUGUAGAAAUGCUCAGGCUAACACAUCCUCCAGUGGCAGCAGUAGCCAYAACUGGCCCAUCUCUGGCCUGCGCUGGGUGGGAGCCUCCAAGGAGCUCCUGCAUGGGGGCCUCAACCUGUUCCCCGUCAAUGACAGCGUGAGGGGGCGCUGCUCCAGUCCAGAGAAGGAUGCUGAGCAGAUCGAGGAGGAACAGCUUGAAGACGAUGGUUCYGUCCAUUUCUCUGAGGGAGAGGGGAUGCCCAGGAGGUUCAGGCAUGACAGAGGAGACAACCAGGAGGACAGGAAACUGCAGCGAUGCAGAGCUCAGCAAGCAGGGCCCAGUCCCCAGUCCCCCCCACAUAGCACUGAAAACCUUGCUAGCUCCGGGAAACAGGUCCAAGCUGGGGCUGCCGACAGGACCUCGUCACACGAAUCGGUCAUCUCCAAAGUGCCCUUAAGACUACAGAUCAAAGUUUGCGGCCAGAGGGGCAGUCUGGGAAUCAGCAUUGCAGGAGGGAAGGGCUCUCUGCCUUACAAGGAGCAUGAUGAGGUCAGCCUUAUCGCAGGAGCAGCAGAGCUGUCAGACUUGAUGCAGCACUGCUGCAACUCCAAUCGAAGCACCACCUCCUGCAUUAUAACCAUAGYUAAUAACAAUAUCUGUGGAGUGGCAUUUAUAAAUGACAGGAAUGUUAACCAGCAGUAA